AUGUCAACUCGCCGAAAUAGUUUCGGCAAUCGAUCGGCAAGUAUCAGCCGACAACAACAAUCUCGUACCUAUGUUAAUGGUUCUCAUAUUGAUUCAACGACAAAGAACGAUGCAAUAUCAAAUAUUCUACCUGAUUUGAUAAAAAGUAUUCGAAACUUAUUACCAAAAGAAAUGCCAUUUAACAUGCAUGUGCGUAAUGUUGAAUAUAUAGAAAAUAAAUGUGAACGCUUAACUGGAACUUUAUAUAUGACUACAUUUCGACUUGUAUUUGCACCUGAUCAAGAAAUUGAAGAUAAUGAUUUCAUAUUUUCUGGGAAUAAAUAUAUUGGUACAUAUGACAUUCCAUUAACAUCUAUUCAUAAUAUAAAUGUUGCACCGGUGGAUUCUCGAUCAGGAUUCAAAUCAUUUUUAAAUGAAAGUCAAAUACAAUCAGAAACAAGAACAUUUACUAUAACUACAAGAGAUUUUCGAGUUAUAACAUUUACAAAAUGUUCAGUGACGCAAUCCAAUACGGGAACUAAACAUUCACAUGCACCUACAACAAAUAUGGAAACAUAUAUUGAAGCAUUAAGACUUAAUAGUCGAUUUCAAUCGAAAAAUCAAUUAUAUCCAUAUCUUGCAUUAGAAGAAAAUUCUAAAGAUCGACCUAGUCAUGAUAAUAUCUUAACUACAAUAAUGAAUUCACGAUCAAUAGAUGAUAUUACAGCAGAUUUUUCUAUGAGUAAUGAUGAGCGUAUAAAAAGUUAUAUGAUAUCGAAUCAUUGGAAAGACGAAUUAUAUGAAGCAAAUGAGCAGCGAUGGAUUGUUGAUAGAAAAAAAUUUAAUAAACAAUACAUUGUCCAAGAAGAAGGUCCAUUUGUUCGUUUAGUCAAUAGUAAUGAUGAUGAUAAUUGUAAAGAUUUGAUUUGGCAUUGGACUCAUACAUCUGAAGUUAGAAAUGAUCGUCAAAAUAAAAGACAAAUACAACCACAGAAAUUUAUGCUUAUUACUGUUCCAAAUAUUGGAGAAAUUGCAACUAUAGAACCUCCAGAAACACCAAUAAGUGCACCAACUGUUUCAUCAUCAUCGUCUUUUCGAUUUUUUAAUAUAAAAAAAAUGAAAUUACCAAAAGCUCUACGUUCACAUACUACCGAUGGUCCAAAAUUGAUAUGUACAAAUGAAAGUAAAACAACGACUAGCAGUUUAACAGCUAAGUCAGAGAUGGCGUCUGAUGUUGGUUUACGUCGUGCAACAACAGAUGCAAAUUUAGUUCCUUCACCUCAUUAUAUACAUGAUCAACCUUUUCAACGUUAUAAUCUAGCAAAAUUUCCAUGUAAUUUAAAACGAUUACAAACGAGUUAUGAAAAAUUAAUUGAUAUUUGUGUUGUAACAUCUGAUGAUAAUGAUGAUGAUAAAUGGUUAACAAAAUUAAAUUCAUGUAAAUGGCUUAAAUAUGUUUCAAAAACUUUACAUGGUGCUGCAUCCUUAGCUAAAUUACUUGAUUUUAAAAAUAUAGAAUUAGCUGGAAGUGAUACGGAUAAUAAUUGUUUAAUGUCAUCAUUAAUACAAAUUUUACUUCGACCAAAAUGUCGUACAAUCAAAGGUUUUUGUGAAUUAAUUGUUCGUGAAUGGAUUAUUCGUGGUCAUAAAUUUCGUGAACGUUUCGGACAAGUAUCUCAUGAUGUAAAUAGAUAUCCUGUACAAGAAUCACCGGUUUUUCUUCUUUUUCUUGAUUGUAUCCAUCAAUUAAUUAUUCAAAAUCCAUUUUCAUUUGAAUUUACGGAUUAUUUUUUAAUUGAAAUUUAUCAUGAUAUUUGUUAUUGUUAUCAUCAUACAUUUGCAUUUAAUAAUAUUACUGAACGUCUUCAGGCAAUCAGCAAUUGUCCAAAAACUCUUUUAGUUUUAUCAUCAUUUGAUUUUUCACUUUAUCUCGAUGAAAAUGCAUAUCGUUUAUUGAAAAAUGAUGCAUCUAUAUUUAAUUCACAAAUCUCUUCAUCUUCUUCUUCUCAUCAACAAAAUAAAUCUCGUAUUGAAUCAGCAAUUUAUGAUUCAGAAUCAACACCUGUGCAACGAUACAAUCGAACUAAUUCAUAUUCAGAAAGACCAAAAUCAACAAGUUUUUCAUAUGAUAUUUCAAUAACAAAUGGAACAUUAUUAGCCAAUGCUGAACAUUAUGAUUAUGAUACAAUUGAAUCACCUCAAAUAUUUAUCGAUGAUCUUCAUGUUGAUUGGCGUGUCGUUAAUUUAGUUUUAUGGUCAAAAUGUUAUUGUCGAUAUGAUCAAACAUAUAUGCCAACAUCAUAUGAACAAGAGUUAUCAUUUGAUAUUAAUCAUUUAAAAGAAACGAUUGAAACAAUUCAUUCAAUAUCUAAACGACCUAUGGCAUUCGAUGCAUUCCAUUAUACCGAUCAUGCUAAUUCAUGGCAUCCACAAGCAUUGGAUACUCGUAUAUAA